CAUAGUUUGUUUUACGAUCGUGCAAUCUAUAGGAGGUAGGAACAAAUUUCAAUUCUUCCCUCUAAAGCAGACAUGACAAAGAGAUAUAAUAUCAUCCGCUUCGCGCAGAUUAGUGAUUUCUUAUUCAACAAAAAGACAAAUCAAUCAAACCCAGGGGCAGAUUUAAGGAGCGCGGAACUGACAGAUGAGAAUAAGAAGCAGGCGCUGGAUGAGCACAACAGAAUCAGAGAUACUCUGGAGUGGAAGGACAGAAAUGGGGCGGAGUUUGAGGGCUUUCCUGUAGGCAUGAACAAACUGGAGUGGGAUGAGGCGCUGGAGCAAACUGCCCAAGAGGUAGCGGAUCAGUGCAAGAAGAACCAUUUGGAAUACAGAGGAGCGCUGUUUGAAUUACUGGAGGAGGGGGUGGGAUCGAUUGGGGAGAACUUGGCUUUUGGGGCUAAGUACAAGCCGAAGAGGGAUGUGGGGGAGUAUGUGAGGUCAUGGUACAGUGAGAGGAAGUACUUCGACUGGCAGAAGAUGGACUGCGUUCCCGUUGGAAAAUGCUUUCACUUGACCCAGCAACUCUGGGCAGACAGCAAGUACCUCGGCUGUGCCCAGAAAAAGUGCACGUCCACCUAUAAAAGCGGCAAAACCAAAGUCUGGACCAACUUCGUCUGUCACUACAGUCCAGCGGGCAACUGGUGGGGAGAAAAACCAUUCGCAGUCACUACCACAUACAACCCGGCUGUUAUGUGUCCAAAAAAGGGCACAAAAAUAGACAGCGUUUAUUCCAAUUUAUGCACUGACGAAUGAGAAAAAAAACAAUUCAAUUACAAUUGCAUCAUGAAAUAAUUCGACAAGAUGCAUGUUUAUUUGCAUUUCUGUGGUGUACAU